AUGGUUAAGAAACUUGCUCCUAUUUCAAUGCUUUUGUGCGCUACCAUCCUACAUUCUACUCUGUCGAUGAAUAAUGCACUUCAGGUACGAGCCUGUGGAAGUAACCUAGCAAAUUUACUGCGAGAUGUGUGUACAAGAUUAGGAGGCUAUCCUGAACCUAUAAAUCAAAAACGAAAUACUGAAGUGCAGUCUGAAAUCACAGAUCUCUUCACGUUUCAACCUAUAGAUGCAUUUAGCUAUGUUCUUCGCCAAGUACGAUCUGGAGGAGUUGCAUCCGAGUGCUGUCAUCGAUCCUGUACUCUGAGUACUCUAGAAGCAUACUGCGGGAAUAAUUAA